AUGCAGAGAUCUAAACCGAGGGAAGACGAGGUAAGAGACGACAGAGUGACUGGGCUAAAAUCCAAUCAGAGACACUUUCCCAGGGCUGCAGGGUAAGGGGGUGGGACUAUGAGCUUGUGAAGUAGGGAGGGGCAGAGGGGGUCUGAGAGAUGCAGUCUUGAUGGAGGAGAAAGGUAGGCAGCCGUGACAACCUCCCUAUCCACCUCGCUUCUCCCUCCUCCCCAAGUGAGUCGCACUACAGGUACAAAUGACCUAGAUGUCCCCCCCCACCAGUAGUACAGUAUGUACAGGUAACUGCCAAAAUAAUGGAAACACUUGAGUAAAUGAGGGAUACAAAGUAAAAGCAGGUGAAAGCAGGUGCUUCCACACAGGUGCAGUUCCUGAGUUAAUUAAGCAAUUAACAUCCCAUCAUGCUUAGGGUCAUGUAUAAAAAUGCUGGGCAGGCCAUUUUUUUGGCAAUGCCCCCAUCCACAGGGCACGAGUGGUCACUAAAUGGUUUGAUUAGCAUGAAAACAAUGUAAACCAUAUGUCAUGGCCGUCUCAGUCACCAGAUCGAAACCAAAUUGAAAACUUUUCGGAGAUUCUGGAGCAGCACCUGAGACGCCGUUUUCCACCACCAUCAACAAAACACCAAAUGAUGGAAUUUCUCAUGGAAGAAUGGUGUCGCAUCCCUCCAAUAGAGUCCCAGACACCUGUAGAAUCCUUUAUUUUAGAAUUUACCUGUAAUUUGCUCUAAGCGCCACAGUGAGUGUUGAGCUGCUCCUAGCAAGGCUGGCUGCCCUGAGGUGAAGAAUGACUAUAUGUGACCAUGCCCAUCCACUGGUUGUUUCCACCCAGCCACCUCUGCUGCUCGUGUACAGUACUGAAGCGGAUGAGCAAUAUGUUAAUGAGGACUGCACUCUGUUACUUUGUUGCCAUCAUAAAUAAUGCUGCAUUAAACCCCCCUUAUUUGACGCCGCAGCAGAAAUAGACUAUGCGUCCUUUGACCGUGCUUUUACUGUACACUACUGUAACUACUAAACGGCUACCCAGUCAAUUAAGGAUAUACAGUAUAACUAUUUAUUCUUGAAGAAUUUAAUUUAUAAAUGCCUCAUGAGCUUUCAAAUUAUUUCACAGUAACUUGGAGAUGCAAAUAGGCAAACCAGCAGAUUAUAAAAAUGUAGAUACAAGGGGAAAACAACUCUGACUAAUGGGAAAGGGUCUGGUUCGUGUCUGGCUGUCUGUCUGCUUGUCUGUCUAACCGGCAUGUCUGUGUGAUGCUUGUCUGCCGUGGCCUGAGAACUGUAUGAUACUGUGUAGGCAGGGCUAAUUUCACACGCCGUAAAGCCAGACGACAGACACGGACAGCCCUGCUUUACAGCCAGCCGGCCCCCCGACGGACUGCAAUAUCAAAACCCAGCGCAUGAAUAACAGAGCAGGAUUAGUCAAUACGUCUGUCCUAUUUGUCCUCAAAGCCCGAGCUCAAUGUCUCUCCACAACCAGCUCUCAUUUUGUACACUAUGGAGAUUGGUCAAAGUCUGUGGAAGUGGUUAUAGAAAACAAUUUUGUUGGCCAAUAUGUGGUGUGGAUUAGAGUGAAUUAUGAUCAGUGCUUGAGGAAGCUUUAUCUGAGUGUGGGAAUGGUGGAGUAGCUAAGUGACUGAUGAGAGACAGAGUUGGUGUGCGGGGGGGGGGGGUUAGGAAAGAGCAACGCCAAUCCAUUAUACAAGUUCAGCCGAGAGCUGGAGGUCAAUGCUGUUUAGAGCCGCUGCUCUCAGUAAAACGCUUAGCACUGCCUAAUGGAAAUCCCUGCCCCAUGUUGGGGCUCGCUGGCUGUGUUGUUUCCUUUCCUUCUAAUGGUGGGUUAGUUUUAGCUCCUGAAACAGCCGUCUUUGUGCCAUCAUCCAAAUGCCCCUUAAGCUACCGAUUGUGAUGCAGGUAAAUGUGUCAUACACACCUUCUCUCUGAUUCCAGGGUUUCCACGUGUGUGUGUGUAUGUUAACAGUGAUUCAUAAUCCAUAAAGCACUCUUCUGUCCCCAAGGCAUGAAACAUGUCCAUAUAUGAGUAGUGCACUAUAUACUCCAUCUGAACCCGAGACCAUUUGUUUCCACAGGGCCACAGAGAAGAUCUUGGCUCGGGCGCGUCAGCUGGUGGACGUCAAGAAGGAGGACGGCUUUACGGCUCUGCACCUGGCCGCCCUCAACAACCACCGAGACGUGGCUGAGAUCCUUGUGAAAGAGGUAAGUAAAGGCGCUGAAAAAAGGGUUUCCCUCAGCCUGUAUAUAUCUGUAUCUUUCUAUCUCCCCUUCUCUCUCUGCUCCUAAGUGUUGUGAAGGAGACCUCCCCCUGGUGGCUAUUAACGGUUAUUACAUAUUUGGUUGUGGAGCAGCUAGAAGGGUUGUUGUUUCCAUGUAACACCUUCAAGGACUUGUUGGCUUAAAAUUAAGUUUCCAAGAAACUUUCCUUAAUACUGCCAUGACAACAUUCUUCGGAACUGGGACAGGAAUGCCGAAGUAUAACAUGACAAGUACUAGAACAAAACAAAAUAGAAUACUUUUUUGAAACAACAGUGGAUCGAAAUCAGUUUCAGUGCCCACGUUGUUAAAAUCGGGACAAUCAGUGAGGUACAACACAAUAGGGACACAACGGCACAGUAAAAUACUUAGAUACCAAGCAGUCACAGGACAGCGACAUAAAAAGCAAAUGCAUGCAAUGUAACAUUGGUACCUUCUGAGCCUUCCAAAAACUGAAAAAUGACAGCAACACCCAAAGAUGGCCGCAACAACGUUAUAUUCAAUGAUCGUGUGCCUUUUAAGCUUCAAAAGGAACAUCCCAACUAACUUUCUCUUACCCCUCACCCACCCUCUCACAGGGCCGCUGUGACGUCAACAUCCGCAACAACCGCAACCAGACGCCGCUGCAGCUGGCGGUGACGCAAGGCCACGGGGACCUGGUGCAGCUGCUAGUGGCCGAGGGCGCGGACGUCAAUGUGGAGGACGAGGAUGGGGACACGGCCAUGCACGUCGCCCUCAGCCGCCCGCAGCUGGCCAACGCCACGCUCACCCCCGCCACCACCAGCACCACGACCACCACGCAGGGGAGAGGAGAGGGGUGCCCGGGCUCGUCAUCGUCCUUGCUCUACUGCCAGGUAAGACUGUGAGGAAGGGUGGGAUUUUUCUUGAUUCUUGGGUGGUGCGAGAGAAAUUAUACAAAAAGAGGCGUGACAGGAAGAGAAAGGGAGACCAAAAUAAGAGAGAGACCUGGUUUUGAACGAAACAUUAAAUCAGUAUGAAAAAUGUAUGCACUCACUAACUGUAAGUCGCUCUGGAUAAGAGCGUCUGCUAAAUGACAUAAAUGUAAAUCACUGAGGGAUAAAUUAAUUACCCUUACACUAUUAGACUAUCUAAUCAUCUUCCCUAGAUUCAAAUAGGCACAAUCACUGCUCACCUCUCAAUUGUCAUACACAGGUCUAUUUAAAAAAUGUGUUCCUUCUAUUAGCUAGGUAGGUUAAUGCAAAUCAUCAGCAUUGUGUUCUAGCUGCCACUGGCACCGCCGAAUGGUAUCUGCACGACCCCAAACACUGCAGUGCUCAAACUGGCCAUCUGCCAAGCCUUUUUGGAUAGGGGAAACACACACACACACACACACACACACACACACACACACACUGGCCAUCUCAAGGUGGCUAGUCUAAGUACCCUGUAUUCACAUUGUCAGCAAAGGAGGGGGGUUCUGGAUUUGAUUGGAUUUGGGCUUGUCUAUUUCUCCAGCUUGGGUGCAUUGGGUUUAGUGACAUCACUCCCUUGCUGUACUAUAGUCUAUGUACGAGGACCAGACAUGCCUUUUGCAUUUAGUAAACAUGUGGGCAGCUUGCAUCUGACGUGCCGCUGAUUACUAGAAGAUUAUUGAUUAAUUGAUACUAAUUAUCAAUUACUCAUUUUAGUGUCAUCUGACGUCCCCACUAAUCUUGUUGUGGUUGUUGUGCACUGUACUUUCUGUCUCUCUCUCUCAUAUCCUGUGUGUGCAGCUUUGAAUCUCAUGUGAUUCCUUUAAUUUACAAGAAUAAAGGCUCGUCAGAACUCAACUCUCCUCCUCUCUCCCUCCUCUUGUCUCCUGUGUAGCUGAGCAGCUCGGGGCUGAUGGGUAAUACAGAGCUGAGCGUGGGCGCAGCCAUCGCCUGUUUCCUGGCACAGGAGGGCGCCGACAUCAACUACGCCAACCACAAGGGCAAGAGCCCGCUGGACCUGGUGGCUGACACAGCCGUGCUGCAGCUCAUCAAGAGCUUCUCCGAGAAGCAGCGGUAUGUACAACUACUGACUGGCUGGCUGUAUCGUCCUUAAUGGUUCUACUAUUAUAACAGCACCUCUUACGCUCCUUGCUCUAAAGGCUCAGCCUGGAGAUUAAGGCCCCAAUCAGACAUAAAUGGGCUUUAAAAUAAGUGGAAAAGACGAGAACAAAUAACUAACCAAAACAAAGAAGAUAGGAUUUGUUCUCUUUUCAUACAGUGUACCAAUCAGUCUUUCAUCCAUCCGUUCCUCCAGGUUGCAGCGGCUGCAGGCAAUCACAUGCGGCACGUCACUGAGCAGCACCAGCCUGCGGCGGGUCCACACCACCCCCAAUACCAUGACCAACCUGGCCAUGCCCGCCCUGCCGGGGCCCAGCGAGUGUCUCAUCUGCUCCGAGCUGGCCCUGCUCGUCCUCUUCUGCCCCUGCCAGCACAGCGUUGCCUGCGAAGGUAUAUUGGGUGUGUGUGUCACUGCAGGAAAUAAUGUGUGUGUGGGGGCAGCUGGAGCAUUAAGGCUAGUCCUGGACUAAAAUGCAUCCAUUGAAAGUGGUUUUAGUCCAAGACUAGGUUUAAUCAGUAUCUGAGAAACUGGCCUUUGGUGUUCCCACAAUGGUACUCGGGUACCAUAUUUUAGCAUUGAGGUCUUGAUGUUUGGGAUCUGAAGUGACUCCUCGUGCCUCUCCCUAAUCUCUCCACAGAGUGUGCUCAUCGAAUGAAGAAAUGCAUCAAAUGCCAGGUUACAAUCACCAAGAAAAUAAGACAAGGUAAUGAUACCACAGAUGACUAGAAGCCCUUUCUUGUUUUCUGAUAUUAAUUGAUGUGUGUCGGUGAGGGGCAUUGAUAGUAAUUGAUAAAUAGAAGCUACAACAUAAAUAGAUGUCCUGAUAAUACUAGUACAGAUCACAAUACCCUUUAAUGGAGUGUUUUGUUAAAUGGUGAAGUGAAUUAUGUGUAUCCCCCUCCUCUCCCUCCAGACCAGACAGAGGUGGACUGCAGCCCGGGCUCGGAGAACUCGGAGCAGCACAACCUGCUGGAGCAGCUGCAGUCACGCUACCGCCAGAUGGAGGAGCGCAUCACCUGCCCCAUCUGCAUCGACAACCACAUCAAGCUGGUCUUUCAGUGUGGCCACGCCUCCUGCAUCGACUGCAGCGCCGCCCUCAAGACAUGCCCCAUCUGCAGGCAGACCAUCCGCGAGCGCAUCCAGCUCUUCGUUUGA